CGCAAAUGGCCCAUUGACCCAAAGCGGCAACUCUUUUGAGAUAUGAUUACAUGCAUUUGAUUUCGCAGCUCAUUUCUGUCUCUUUUUUCUCUGUCCACUUUGAACGAUAUGUCACCGAAUAUUAAGGGCAUCUCACCUACUGCCACCAACAUUAAAAGUCCAAAGAAAUCGGCACUCUUCGAGAAAAUUGCUUCUCACCCUCUCAUGCCGAUUGUCGAACUAUUGCUCGAAAAAUGUGAAACUGCAGCAACAACAUUUGAUAGGAAGGCGUUCGAAACAGAUGACAUUAAGCGGUUGUUCCAAUCACUCGAGCAGCGUGGAGUUCAAUUGAGUUCGAAUAGAGAUGAAGUCGAUGAGCUGAUGGAGACGGCGAUUUUGGCGUUGAGGACAUGUAUGGUGGAGUUGGAAAGGGUGUAUUCAUUGAUGGAAAGUUUUAAGGCAAAGUAUCUAGCAACACUACGCCGGACAGUGUGUCACGAAGCACUAGUAGGAAAUAAUGGUGAUAGCGAUGAUGAACUUUCUGAUAAUCCAUUGAUGCCAGUUCUUGAAAUGUCUGAAGCUGCAUUUCAAGCACAAAACAAAGCAAUGGAAUCAGCACUUGCCACGUUGCAAUCAGUUAGUGGGUCGUUAUCAUUACCCCUACAGUUUACUCAUCAAUCAAUAACUGCCGCUCAAAUUGAACGAAAUCUAGAAUUCUUAAAACAAUGUGGAUUUCCAACUCAACUUCCACCAAACUUCUUGAAACCAUCAAAUGAAAAAUCUCCUGAAAAGAGCGAAGAAGAAAAAUCUCAGAAGCCAUCUAGUUCACCAAAGUCUCCAAGCUUGUCGGAUUAGGUUCCAUAUCUAUUGUAAACAAUUUCUACCUCAUCUAAUAGUGUAUGAUCUUUUUUGUAUUUAUCGUUUCUUCCAAUUUUUUCUAUUUAUUUAUUUAUUUCACAGUUGGUAAAAUGUUUGAGUAUCGAUAUAGUAAUAUUAACCAAUUAUGCUCACAAUUUUCUGGUACUUGUGUACUGUGUUCUUUUUGAAUGUGAAUUAGACUUUUAUUUAUUUCUUUGUUUCAAUAAAACGUGAUGUUCAUU